GACAUACCUCUGCUGGCCGAGGGUGACACAACCCUGUUCCCUGUCACUCUGUUCCCGCUUAUCUCCCGCCUUUUCGGCGCCACCACCUUCUUGGAAAUGAGUUAGGGCAAAGGGGAGGGGGCUCAGACCACCGCCUUCCCCAGCGGGCCCCAUAAAAGCCGCUGUAACUGGGUCCCAGACACAGAGCAAGUUCUAGACCCAACAGGACAGCCAGACAGACGGCGCGAUGGCACUGAACACUCAGAUCCGGGCCGCCUGCGUCCUCCUCCUCCUCCUCCUCGCCAGCCUGACCAGUGGCUCCAUCUUCCCACAGCAGACGGGACAGCUCGCAGAGCUCCAGCGCCAGGACACAGCGGGAGCCAGGGCCGGCUGGACGCACGUGCUCCAGCGGCGAAGCCGGCGAGACGCCCACUUCCCCAUCUGCAUUUUCUGCUGUGGCUGCUGUCGGAAAUCGAAGUGUGGGAUGUGCUGCAAGACGUAGAGCCUGCCCGCCCCGGUCGUCCCCCCCCUUAUUUAUUCCUGCCGCCCCCGCACUGGUCUUGGAAUAAAAUGACUGCUUCGAGCUUCUGUUUUCCAAA